AUUAAUCAAACUGUGAUAAAACGUUUCUCAAAUUUCUGUUAACAAUUAGUUUCUCUUUCGCUCACGCUUUUCAUCUUCCUUCUUCAAUAUUCAUUUUCCCUCACUUUCUCUUGCUUUCUCACCUUCCAAACACCCUCCAAUUCUUUCUUCUCUGCGACACAUGGAGAUGUCAAUGGAGGAUUUGCGUUCGUAUGAGAUUCUCUCCACGGUUCUCAACGCUUUCCUCCGACGCGGACGAUCUCCUCGAUUACCGAAAAAUUCUAUACCGAUUACGCCACGAAUAUCUAGUUUCAGGGCGGCGUUUUAAGGUUAUUUCUACGCUUUCGAAAUUUCUUCGUUGCCUUUCGUUAUUUUCACUGUUUAGCCUCGAAAUUCCAACAGUAGGAUCGUUGACUCAUGAUUUCUUAUCGUUCGUCAAAUCAUUUGUUGUUAGUAACUUUCUGCGGUUAUCUCUGUGCAAACUUUGGAUGUAAAAGAAAUUUGAUUGUAUCAGUCUUGGAAAAUUUUCUGCUAUGCUCUUAGGGUUUGGAACAGAGCUUGCAAUGUCUCUGAAACCUUGAUCUGAAACAAGGUUAUGAGUUUCGUUGUUUUGGAAUUUCUGAGAGAUACUUGUUGCAUUUGCGUUUUUCUUGAUUCUUGAAGUUUAUCUGGUGUUAAAUUUUCCAUUUGACCUUUUGGUGGGAAAAAUUUAAAUGGCUGGAAAUUUGGAAUUGGGACCUCCGAGAUCUGGUGCUUCAAAUCUGAAGCAACAAGCGGCAAUAAAGAUACUAAAAAUUGUGAGAUCCCAAGGGCAUCCUUAUGUCGAAUUACGUGAGAAUGGGAAAAAAUUCAUAUAUUUCUGCACUUUAUGUCUUGCACCGUGUUACAGCGAUGAUGUUCUGUUUGAUCACUUGAAAGGAAAUCUUCAUAAGGAGAGAUUAUCUGCCGCUAAGGUUACCCUGCUAGGACCAAAACCGUGGCCUUUUAAUGAUGGUCUUGUUUUCUUCGAUACUUCAACUGAAAGUGAUAAAGACUUGGAAAUUACAGAUGGUUACCAAAACAGGUUGUUGAAGUUUAAUGACAAUGGCAAUGACAAUGACAGCAAUCUUGCGAUUGUGAAGUUUGAUGAAAUGGUUCAGUCAAACGCUCAACCAUGUUCAACUGAUGAUGCGCUGCAUGAUGAUUGUACGCUAGUGAUUCCUCAUUUGCUGAUUGGAGAUGAAACUUUUGAUGUAACAGUUAGGGAAGUUGGCUUGGGGAAGAUUGCUGCAAGAUUCCUUGAGAAAUGCUACACUUUGAAUGGGAUUAAACGAAUAUGGUGUGAAUGGUUAGGAAAAGAAAAUAAUGGUCAACAAGGUGGUGUUGAUGUUCUAGAGCAUGAUUUUGCGGUCAUAGUUUUUGCUUAUAAUUAUGAUCUCGGUCGGUCUGGUUUGAUUGAUGAUGUCAAAUCAUUGCUUCCAUCUGCUUCUAUGACAGAAUCAGAAAAUGAGAGGGAAAGUGGCCAAAAGGGGAAGACGUCGUUGUCUGACCCUGAUGAUAUUAGUGAUUCUUUGAGCAAUCAGUAUGAUUCAUCUGCUGAAGAUUCUUCUGAUUCAAACAAUUCUAGCUCACAAUUGACACUAGAUCAAUACAACAAUCAGCUUCUUCGCACAAGGUUCAUUUCAAGCAAGGCUGUCAGGAAAGAAUUGAGACGGAAGCAGCGGCUAGCAGCAGAGAAAGUGUGUAACAUCUGUCAACAAAAAAUGCUUCCUGGUAAAGAUGUAGCAGCGCUGUUGAAUUUGAAGACUAGAAGACUAGCGUGCAGCAGUCGGAAUAGAACUGGGGCAUUUCACGUGUUCCAUACAUCCUGCCUUAUACAUUGGAUAAUCUUGUGUGAAUAUGAGAUCAUCACAAACCGUUUAGUUCGUCCAAAUGUCAGACGGGGAGUGAAGAGAAAGGUUGCGUCAGAUGGUGACAAAAUUGGAAAAGAAAAAGAUAUAGAAAAAGACAUAAAAACUGUAUUCUGCCCAGAGUGCCAGGGUACUGGUAUGAUCAUUGAUGGAGAUGGGGUGGAGCACCCAGAAUUUUCUUUGUCUCAGAUGUUCAAAUUCAAAAUAAAGGCAUGUGAUGCUCGCAGAGAAUGGAUCAAGAGUCCCGAAGUUUUGCAGAAUUGCUCAACUGGGUUUCACUUCCCUUCACAAUCUGAAGAGAUAUUUGAGGAAAAAGUGGAACCCAUAAAUUUGCUGCAUUUUUAUCGUGCUGAUAAUCAAAAUGGGGCAUAACAACCGUGCAAACGUUACGUAUAGUUUUAUUGACUGUUGUACGUCUAAGUACAUUGGUUUUACAUUUUCAAGAAUUAUGUGUAGCUUUUUAGGUAAAGAUCGGUUGAUGACUGGGUUAUAUAACCUCGUAGAUAGAACCAGAUCAAGUAUUGUGAAUACUUGUUGCUAACGAGUAUGUGAGUGCACGUUACUGACACAGUGACAUGUGUACAUUUUAAAGAGUACAUAUCGUUCUAGAAUGCCAUUAUUGUUCCCUCG